AUGGCGACAUGCUCUAUUGAUGGCCUCGAGGCUCUCCUAAGAGAGCUCGACGUAGGCGUCCCAAUACCCACGUUCGCCGGGUCGGAUGCCCGAUGGAAACCGAUCGACAUCUAUCGGAGCUACUUAGCCGAUACCGCUUCAAAAGUGCUGGGCUGCGAUGCAGGUCUAGCAUAUGAGGCUAUCCAAAGCGCGGGUGGUAAAGACAAUAGCGACCUAACGCUCGUCUUACCGAAACUGAAAUGGGGUAAUUCUGACCCGAAGGACCUUGCCAAGGAGACUUUUAUGAAGUUUCGAUCAACGCCCCUAUUCCAGAUGCCAUUGCCCGACGGCGUACAUUUACGCUUCGUCUUUUCAACCUUGUCACUGCCUCGUUUGGUACUCUCAUACAUCCAUGAUCGCAUGGAGUACUACGGACAAGGCAGACCAUUGAUAGACCAAAUGAUACCCCUCAUUGAUGGUACCACCAAGAAAAUGAUCAUUGAGUUCUCGUCCCCAAACCUCGCCACAAAAUUCAGCUCCCAUCACCUUCGGAGUACAGUUCUUGGCGCACAGAUCGCUAAUCUGUACGAAACCAUGGGAUGGGAUGUAGUAAGAUUGAACUUUCUGGGAGAUUGGGGGAAAGAAAUUGGCCUACUAGGUGUUGGGUGGAAGAAAUUUGGCUCGGAAGAGGCGUUUCAGGAGAACCCGAUGGGCCACCUUCAUGACAUCUAUGAAAAGAUUAACGAACAAUUCAAGCCCGAGAAGGAGACUAGUCGCAAAGCUCGUGAUGAAGGUCACGACACUGCUGAAAUUGAAAGACAAGGUAUUUUCGCGGAGCGAGAUGGUUUCUCCAAGAGGAUGGAAGACGGCGAGUCGGAGGAAAUCGGCUUUUGGAAGCGGGUGCGCGACGCUAGCAUCGCCUAUUACACUCACGAAUACGAACGACUCGGCGUUAAAUUUGACGAAUUUUCUGGUGAGUCGCAGGUCAGCCCGGAGUCGAUUGCAGAAGUCGAGUCCGUUCUCAAGGAGAAGGGUAUCUAUGAAGAAAGUGAUGGCUCUUGGAUCAUUGACUAUAGCAAGCAUGGACCCAAAAGUCUCGGCGUUUCGGUCUUAAGGGGUCGCACCGGGAGCACAUCAUAUCUUCUUCGAGACAUUGCCGCCGUUCUCGAUCGCAGUAAGAAGUACUCAUUCGAUAAAAUGAUCUAUGUCGUCGCGGCCGAGCAAGACGUCCACUUCCAAAAAGUGUUCCAAGCGCUUCGGUACAUGGGUCAUGAAGAUUUGGCAGCCAAGCUUGAACAUGUAAAUUUCGGGAAAGUUCAGGGUCCAUCCAAGGGUUUGAAAGAAGCUCAUUUGCUCGGAGAGAUCCUAGAUCAAUCGGUCAAGGAUACUUCCGAUGCGCUCAGAUCAGACUCGAAUGGCCACACUGAGAUAAACGACGAUGAGAAAUCCGUGGAAAUCCUUGGUGUAACCUCCCUAAUCACUCAGUACUGUGGACUCAACAAACGUGCCACCUCUUACACCUUCAACUCACAGAAGCUCGGUCCAUUCGAAGGCAACACAGGCCCCAGUCUACAGCUUUGCUAUGCUAAACUCAGCGCCAAGAUCAAUGACUCAAAUCCCGAAGAGGCGGUGUUAGCUAACAUCGACUAUACAUACCUGCAGGAAGAUCCCUGGAUGGACCUUAUUCGUGCGAUGGCCAAAUACCCAGACGCUGUUGAUGCAGCAAUCAAGAGCCACGAACCAUCCCUGGUCCUCACAUACUUGUUCCAUCUUGCCGAAGAACUUCAAUACUGUCUAAACGAUGAAAGCGACGACAAAAGCGGAAGUAAGCGAAAAACGAGUCCCGAAGAACCACCCGAGGCUAUCCUAGCCCAGACCGUUUUAUACAAGUACGCACAGCAGGUACUUAAGAACGGGAUGGCUAUCCUUGGAAUAGUUCCAAUAUCAUGA